AUGGAGCGACCGGGCCCACACUCUUUUAUGACGGAACCGCCUCCAGAAUUAUCGCAAACACCUCACAAGCAUUAUCGACUCGGUGGAUUGAGUGGCUUCGUCCCACUGAACGAUGACCAGAUCACCAUCUCGACACGAGGCCAGCGGCUACCUUCGCUGAUUCAAAACCGCUCGAGCACCUCACUCUUCACACUGAACCGCAAGCCAGAGCUCGCCAGAUUACGUCGCAACUCCUUCCACAGCACCGAUGACGAAGAGACGGGACAAGAGCCAGUCCAUGAGGACGACACUGGCCCGCCCAUCUCACCUUCGCGAACACGCCGCAUGACGGCCACAAGUGUCAUAUCGGGCGAUCGCGACCCGAGGCGGAUGAGCUUGGGGCCCGAAAUUCUCAACACACCACAAAUGCGCAGCAUGCGGUUGAUUGGUAACAGCAAUCCUCGGUAUCGCUGGCGCAAGUAUUUCAAGUCGGAAGAGGAGCUGAAGGAGAUGAGCAAGCCAUUACGCGCCUAUUAUGAGCGGUGCAAUUACUUGAUCAGCCACUACAUCUAUAUCGAUAAGCUGCUGGACUCGAGUCUGCCGCAUGACUUGAUCCAGGAGUACUCGCAGCAGCACGGGAGCGCGCUGAGCCAGUAUAAGCAUGAUAUGGCGACCAUCGCGGAGGAGGUACCGACACCUGUCACGGCAGGAACGGUUUCAACGAUGAGUUAUGGCACAGGCACACCGACCGAGACCGGGCCCAGCUCGAUGGGCAGUCCUACAGAUGCACUAAAGCCAAAGGUGAAGAGAACGCCGAAGAAUCUGUACAAGCUGCCGGAACCCAGUGAGACGAGUCCACUGUUGACUAAUUUCAAGGAAACAGAGGACGAUGCUGAGGCCGCAGCCGAGACCGACAAGCUGCUCGAAGAUAAUAUCGACAUCGAGUUGCUCGUCGAAGACGAAGGCGUCGAUGCCAACGAUCCUGUUGUCACGGUCGCUAUCUACAUCAACCUGGUCGCCAACGCUUUGUUACUAGCAGGCAAGAUCGCCGUCAUAGUACUGACCGAUUCCCUUUCCGUGCUAGCCAGCUUAGUCGACGCGGCGCUCGACUUCCUGUCCACUGCCAUCGUCUGGAUAACCACGAAGCUCGUUUCACACCAAGAUCAGUACGCUUACCCGAUCGGUCGACGACGCCUCGAGCCUGUCGGCGUGCUCGUCUUUAGCAUUAUUAUGAUCACUUCUUUUGUCCAGGUCGGGCUCGAAUGCUUGAAUCGCUUGGUUAGUGGAGACCACACCAUCGUCGAGCUGUCCCUGCCGUCCAUUAUCAUUAUGCUGUCCACAGUCCUAAUUAAAGGCUUUUGCUACUUCUGGUGCCGCCUAGUAAAGAACAGCUCGGUGCAGGCCCUUGCGCAGGACGCCUUGACUGACAUGGUCUUCAACACCUUCUCAAUCAUAUUCCCAUUGAUCGGUUUCUACGCCCGCAUCUGGUGGAUGGACGCCCUCGGCGGUCUGCUACUGAGCGGCUACGUUAUCUUCAACUGGUCCAAGACCUCAUCCGAACACGUUCGCAACCUAUGUGGCGCAGCCGCAACGGCCGAUCAGCGAAAUGUGCUGCUGUACUUGACGAUGCGAUUCGCCAAGACGAUCAGGUAUAUCCAGGGACUGCAGGCGUAUCAUGCAGGCGACAAACUGAACGUCGAGGUGGACAUUGUGCUGGACGCUGAGACGAAUCUGAGGGACAGUCAUGAUCUGGGCGAGAGCCUGCAGUAUGUGCUGGAGAGCGUGCCGACGGUAGAUCGCGCGUUCGUGCACGCGGACUAUGCGGACUGGAAUCUGCCGAGUCAUAUGAAUCAGCAGGGAGAGUAG